AUUCAACGAAGUUACUGCCAAGGUGAUCUUCUACAUUUUAUGUGUCACCGUCCUUUCUCGAAAGCCACCACUAGACUCGCCUGUCUAGACCUCAUCGAUCAUCGAAAGGCCUCAUUUAUUAUUGGUUGUCUGUACUAACGGCAAAGCCCCGGUCACGCCGUUCCCUGCCAGCUCACCAAUUCUUUUUGGCUGGAAUGAAUAUCAUUGUUGCGACCAUUUGUCCAGUCCAAUUUGUUUAGUCGACGACCUUCAUUAUCUCCCGAGGCGUACACCUGCUAAAUCCGCUCCAUUCCCCAUAACCUGCCGGGUACCGAUGUCAAGCGUCAGAUAACAACCACCUGACAUUCUUACGACCUUCAUCCUUAUACGUAUAGGACCGGUGGGCGGCCUGGGUGGAUAUGGACGGCCAGAUAGAAAACGCCGUUCAGAUUGCCUGGAACCCAGCCGCGGAUCCAAAUCUCAAGACCCAGGCCAUUAACUUCCUCAACCAAAUCCGCUCCGACCCUUCGGCAGGACAGUACUGCCUCACUCUCUUUGUUCGAUCGCCUAAGGCGGAGGAGAUUGUGCGGCACUUCUGCUUGGAAGUCAUCAACAAUGCCAUCCAAUCGCCCCAGGUCGAUAAGCAGACCCUCGAGUACAUCCGCUCCGAGUUGAUGCAAUAUACGAAACGGACAUAUGGCGGUCCUCCGACGGCAGACAAGGUCGAGACACCGCAUAUCCAGAACAAACUCACGCAGGCUCUGACGGCGUUGUUUGCUUCAUUAUAUCCGACAUCUUGGACGUCAUGUCUGGCAGACUUCCGCAGCCUCGCAGAGGGAGAGCCUCCCAACAUCGCGGAAAGCAACCCGAUUGGCACGAUCAUGUAUUUGAGGCUACUGGGAUCGAUACAUGACGAGAUUGCUGAUGUGCUGGCGCCGCGGAGUGGGGAGGAGCAAAGGCGGAACAAUGACUUGAAGGAUUUAAUCAGGGAACGGGAUGCUCAGGCGAUCGCGACGUCAUGGCAAGAUAUUCUCUCGAAAUGGAGCCGGAUAGACCAAACUAUCGUCGAGAUGUGCAUUCGGACCAUCAGCCGAUGGGUGAGCUGGAUGGAUAUAUCCCUCAUCGUCAACCAGACCUUGAUUUCGGCGCUCUUCGACAUCGCGGGUCAGCAGGUCAUAUCACGAGAAUCGGACGAGGGGAGGGCGAAAUUACGAGACGUUGCCAUCGAAGCGUUCAGCGAGACGGUUGCGAAGAAAAUGAAACCCGCCGAGAAAAUCCAGUUGAUGGUCUACCUCAACCUCAGCAAUGUCGUGGACCAGCUCAUUGCCAGCCAACCAUUAUCGCAGCUCCGCUUCACCUCGCAGUACGAUACGGAUCUGGCUGAGAUGGUCGCUCGCCUCGUCAACAAUGUCGUUUUCGACAUCGUCAAGGUUCUCGACACCCAAUGCCCCCCCGAAGUCCAUCAACAAGCCGACCUCCUCCUCUCGACCUUCGUCCCUUUCCUGCUCCGGUUCUUCUCGGACGAGUUCGACGAAGUGUGCUCGACCGUCAUCCCCUCCCUUACCGACCUCCUGACCUUCUUCCGCAAACGAAAGGAUACCUUACCCGAUCAGUAUCAGCGGAUGCUGCCAUCGAUUCUGGACGCCAUCAUCGCAAAGAUGAAGUACGACGAAACGGCUUCUUGGGGCGAGGAAGGGGAGGAGACGGACGAAGCCGAAUUCCAAGACCUCAGAAGAAGACUCUUUGUUUUGCAGCAGACCGUGGCUGCGAUCAACGAACCCUUGGUUAUGGAGACGAUUGCUCGGAUCGUGACCGAGAGCUUUCAGAAAUUCCAGGUCCACCAAUCGGGUAUCGAUUGGAGAGAGUUGGAUCUAGCCUUGCAGGAGCUGUUCCUCGUAUUGGAGGUUGUGCCAUCAAAAGGAAGCGGGAUGUUCUCAAAACACAAACCAGGCGGGGCGCCUACACAAUCGGAGACUCAAGCAAUUGGGUUGCUGUCGAAGAUGAUCGAGCUAGGCAUCGGAACGCAUGGGCAUCCUGCUGUGCAGUUGCAGUAUAUGGAAAUCUGCAACCGAUACAGCCAGGCCUUGGAGAUCAAUCCCGGCCUUAUCCCACCGAUUUUGGAGAACUUCAUCCGAUUCCUUCAUAGCAGUCACCUGAAGGUGCGAACCCGGUCCUGGUACCUGUUCUUGAAGCUCGUGAAGCCGCUCAAGACGCACAUUGGCAGCAUUGUCUCCAACGUGAUCGAAGCGAUCGCCGACCUGCUUGUCAUCAAAGCCGAGCUGCCAGAAGCGUCCGCCGAUGAGGAGAUGUCGUCAUCCGAAGAGGAUCAAUCUUCGGACGCCAAGUUCGAGGCGCAGCUGAACCUCUUCGAGGCCGUUGGCUGCAUGCUGUCGGCCACGACCGUGGAGGUUGACAAGAAGAUCUUGUAUGCUCAAUCGGUCAUGAACCCGAUCUUCGGGGAUAUGGAGAAGAAUCUGCCUGCUGCGAAAGGGGGCGAUGAGACGGCCGUACUACAGUUACACCACGAUAUCAUGGCUUUGGGCACGCUAGCCCGUGGCUUCUCUGAUUGGCAACCGGGUUCAUCGGUAGGCAACGCACCGCCUUCGAUCAUUUCAGAAGCAUUUGUUCCCGCGGCAGAGGUUACCCUCGUUGCCCUAGAGGCCCUCGCCCCGAAAAUGGCCAUCCGAACGGCAGGGCGUUUUACCUUCUCGCGCCUCAUCGGCGUGCUGGGCUCCAACAUCCUCCAGCAGCUGCCCCGAUGGAUCCAAGGCUUGCUAUCUCAGAGUUCGACGAACGACGAGAUGACCCCGAUCCUACGAUCGUUGAAACAGAUCGUGUUUGCCUUCAAAACCGAGAUCUACGGCAUUCUGGACACGAUUGUGACGCCGCUGCUUCAACGCAUCUUUUCCGGCCUAGGGGAGCCGGCAACCGGGACCGACGAGGAGAUCCAGCUUGCGGAAUUGCGUCGGGAGUUCUUGGACUUCAUCUCGUGCAUCCUCAACAACGAUCUUGCGUCGGUCUUUGUGAGUCAAACCAACCAACCCAUUUUCGACACCCUCAUCACCGCUAUUUGCACGUACGCAGGGGACGCUAGCGACAUGCAGAGCGCCCGAAUGUCGCUCGGUGUGCUCAGUCGCUUCAUUUCUGUCUGGGGCGGCCCCGAUGUCGCGCUCCCCGAAAGCUUCCUCCAAAAUCUCGGCCUGCACAAGCCCAACCAGCCUCAAAUCAACGGACAGACGUCCGAGCCCAGCCCGAUCUUCCCCGGCUUCGACACGUUCGCCCUACAGCGGUUCGCGCCGCUCGCGUGGGCGGUCCCCACGUCCAACGGGUUCACGAUCAAGUAUCCUCUUGGCCGCGGCAUGGCGAUCGAGAUCUCGAAGAUGCAGAUCAAGCUGCUGCGGAAGACGGGGCUGCUGUACGUCCGGCAGCUGGAGGGCGAGUUGACGGCCAUGCAGGUCUCGGAGGCGACCGUCACGGAGCUGAUCAAGGAACUAUGUCGGGGAAUGCUAGAGCAGACGCAUGCCGACGGCAAGGGCCCGACGACGGACAGAACAUCGUACGAGACGUAUUUCCUUAGGUUCAUGUCUGGGAUGGGAAAUGCAUAGCGUUGGGGUUUGGGAGACUACAUUCGGGUUCAUGGGGGUAUGGCCGGAUGACAGGACACGCGUGCAAUGAGAACAUCCGAGGAUCAAUGUCAAUAGGGACGAAUCACUAAGAAGCUGCACGACGCAAGCAAAUAUAGAACUGAAUCCAGUGCUUUCAUUGGAUCUAUCGUUCAAUCUUCGUGAUGCUAUCCACGGUGGGGAUAAUAAUAUCGUCAGCUUUGUUAGGGGUUCUCUCAAUAGUCUACCAGACAUAACCUCAUACUUCCAGUGAUUCCAGCAAACCUCACCUGAUCGAAUUUGGCAAAAUGCUUGCAUAUUGCAGCAGAAUAAGAAGCAAAGCCAUGAUCC